GGAUUUUGUGGCUGGUGGGUGUGGCUCAUUUAUUUUGGCCAGGGCCUGCCGGGGAAGCUUCAAACAAGCACGGACCCACAUUCCGCCUACCUUCAUCGGAUCGCCGAGCCACGAACUUCCGCGCAAGCCUUUACAUCAUUUACAACUACAACUACAUUCUAACUACAUUCUAGGUUAUAUCCUUAAUACCUCGCAAACCAGAAUCUCAGCCGUAAAAAAGCAGAUUUUUAUUUUAUUGCAGUAUUAAAUCUGUACUGUCGAUAUUGCAACCAUGGCCGAAGCUCCAAAGACCGAGGCUCCUAAGCCCGACGAGCCCACCACGCCAAUUCAAGAGCUAUGGAAAGUCGUUCAAGCCCAGUCUCAUCCUGAAGUCUGGGGCGUCACCCUAGCAGAUCCGGCUACUCACGUCCCCAGUCAGAUCGUACUACAGAAGUACCUGAACGCCAACGACGGUGACGUUGUCAAGGCCCGGGAUCAGCUAGAAAAGACUUUGGCAUGGCGAGCUAAGACGAAGCCAUUGGAGCUCCUUGAGAAGACCUUCUCAAAAGCUAAGUUUGAGGGCCUUGGAUACGUCACCAAGUAUGUCGCCGGCGAUGAGAAGGCCGGCGAUGACAACCCCGAGUCUAGGGAGGUCUUCACCUGGAACAUCUACGGUGGUGUCAAGUCGAUCAAUGAGACCUUUGGCGUUUUAGAUGAGUUCAUCAGCUGGCGCGUCGCCCUCAUGGAACUCGCCAUACAGGAGCUGUCUCUCUCUACGGCCACAAAACCCAUCACAGCCGACUGGGAUCCGUACAAGAUCUUCCAGGUGCACGACUACAAGUCCAUCAGCUUCCUGCGCCAGUCGCCCCAGGUCAAGGCCGCCAGCACCGAGACCAUCCGCGUGUUCGCCCUGGCCUACCCCGAGCUUCUCAAGGAGAAAUUCUUUGUCAACGUGCCUGCGAUCAUGGGUUUUAUGUACGGUGUUAUGAAGCUCUUCGUCGCCCCCAAGACUAUCAAGAAGUUCCACCCGAUGUCGAACGGUGGGAACUUGGCCCACGAAUUCGCUGGUAGCAAAGUUCCCGCGCUUGGCGAGAAGCUUCCCGCUGAGUACGGCGGUAAAGGUGGAGCUUUGAGCGCUCAGGGGAAGGGGCCUUCUGUCGAGUAAACUUUCAUCAUUCAUCAUCUAAUAACACAGAGUUAGUUUAUGGCUACCUUUUUUAGUAGUUGACAUACAUGGAGGUGGUUUAGUGAGGUGGUUGACUA